AUGUCUUGUCUUAAAUUAACAAUUGAGCCUGAUGAGGAGAAAUGGUUCUGUCCUGAUUGCAACCCUACAGCAUUUAAUACAGAAGAGAUUCGUCGUCUAGGUCGUGGUGCAGCAGUACCUCGUAGUGGUGAUGCAGCUAAUAGUAGUACAUGUUAUGUAUGCCAGAGACCAGGGAAAUUAUUAGGUUGUGAUUUCUGUGUUAAUUCUUUUCAUCCUUCUUGUCUUAUUGAUGUUGAUUGGAGCUCUAUAGGGGAUGAAUGGGAGUGUCCUGUAUGUAAGGGUUAUGAUCCAUUAGCUAAUCAGAUGCAUAAAAGAUGGACUAAACAAGAAAUAGAUACAAAAAAAAAAGAAAGGGAAAAAAACUACGAAAAAUAUAGGACAAAAGUUAUGAGAUAUAGGAAUCGUUUCCUUGUUGUUCAUCAAAAAGAUCUUGGUCCUUUUGUUAACCCUAAAAUCUUACAGGCAUUAGCAAGAACAUUAAAAGCCAAUAUAGCAGGUGGUGGUCCUGCAAAACGUGGUGGUCGUGGUGGGGUUGGUGGUGGUGGGGUUGGUGGUGGUUCACGUUUAUGUGUAGAGAGAUCAUUAUCCGAUGUAUUAGAGCAAUUAGAGGAUGAGGCAGCAGAAGAAGCAGAAAAAUUCACAAGACGUGCAUAUAGAUCUUGUCGUCAUGCAUCAGGUAGACCUAUUGAGGGUCUACCUCUAAGAGAAGGAAUUACUCUUAAACCUCAUCAAGAGGAAGGAGUUGAUUGGCUCCUUAGAUCCUUCCUUACGGGAGGCGCCAUCUUGGCAGAUGAAAUGG